UUCGGGUCCGCCAUUUUGACUUCCCGACCUUGGGCUCUGACUGGUAGCUGUCUGCAGUCAGUUCCGUGCGGUCAUGUCUGCGCUGACGCCGUUGCUGCUGAGGGGCCUAACGGGCCAGGCCCGGCGGCUCCUGGUGCCGCGUGCCCAGAUCUAUUCCAAGCCUCCGCGGGAGCAACUCAGGACCAUGGAUCUCGCCAUUGGGCUCACCUCCUGCUUCCUGUGCAUCCUCCUGCCAGCCGGCUGGGUCUUGUCUCACCUGGAGAGCUACAAGAAGCGGGAGUGAAGGGGCUGCCCUCUCCCUCGCCCUGUGACCCGACCACCCCGGCCUGUCCUGGUCAUGCCUGCUACAUUCCUGGCCGGCCUCCCCUGGACCACGUCCUUCAGUUACAGUGACCUCUUCUGCAAUCAUAACCUCUUGAUUUCUCCAUUGUGACAUUCUGGGACCACAGAUUUCGGUUUAUAAGGCCUCGCUCGGUAGGGGACCCCCCCCCCUUGUAACAAUAAAAUGUAUUUAAAUCUUG